ACGCUACUGCGGCCGCAAGAGGCAUCUAAGCCUUAUCGGAUAAUUCCCUACAGCAGGAACCGUAAAUUCACUGGCCGUGAGCAUCUUAUUCACUCGGUAGAGAGGCUUUGCAAGCGUGAUGGCCACAACCGGAUAGCUCUUCAUGGAUUAGGAGGCGCUGGGUAUGUAGUCGAUAAUAUUAUAUCCGGAGCUUUUACUAACAUGGCUUAGAAAAACUCAGAUCGUCCUCGAAUACGUUUAUCGGCGCGCAAGUGAGGCCGAUUGUGACAUUUUCUGGGUGCGGGGAAGUGGAGUGUCAAAGUUUAGGGAGGACUUCAGGGCUAUUGGGAAACACGUUCGGAAUCCUCUAGCUAGCGGUGAGACGGAGGAAGAGGGAUUCCUCUUAGGUGUAAAGACGUGGUUUGAAGGUCGGGACAGCCGUAACUGGAUCUUGGUAAUUGAUAAUGCCGACAACGAGGAGGACUUUGUUAGCAACAACAGUCCCAUCGCUAAGUUUGUGCCACAAGGCCUAAGAGGCACGCUAAUAUUCACCACCAGAUCUCGCCAGGUUGCAUUCCGGCAAGAGUGCGAAAGGAUCGCUAUUGGAAAAAUGGACGAGGGUGAGGCCAAGGCACUGUUUUUCGAGCACUUUGGAGGCUGGGGAAGCUUGAGGGAUGGGGAAGGAGAGAUAGUUGCCAUGAUCCUGGGUUCGGUCGAUCACCUGCCGCUUGCGGUAGUAGGUUCAGCGGCUUUCAUGGCCGAGACCGAAACACUGCCCUCCGACUACUGGACAAUUUUCCGAGAGAACGAUCAGCGAAGGACGAAGCUACUUUCAGAGCAGUUUAGCGAUAUCCGCCGAGAGUCUGACGUGACGGAAAGUAUUUUGAGCACGUACUUCAUCACCUUUGAUCAAAUUACGAAACAUAUGCCGACAGCCGGCCAUCUCUUGCGGCUAAUUGCAUUCGUUGAUUGCCAAAAUAUACCCGAGCAGCUCCUGAGAGAAUGUGGGGUUGAAGGGAUGGAUGAUCCUGUUGAAUUCCGUCGGGCUGUUGGGAAACUAUUGGGGUUCUCCCUAGUUACCGCCAUCAAACACGAAGACAAGACCUUUUAUGAGCUUCACCACUUGGUUCAGCUAUCAAUACAGGCCUAUUUAUCGCCGGAAGAGCUGCAUAAAUGCAGUGACAACGCACUAGGAAUAGUUUCUCGAAUGUUCCCUAAAUAUGAGCACAAGCUGCGGGAUAUUUGCAAGUCAUACAUUCCACAUGCACUUGCGGUAACGAAAGCCAGAACAGAUAUUAUUUCUGAAGAUCUUUGUUUUCGUAUGGCAGAGUACUUUCUACACUUGGGUUCCUACAACAAUGCGGAAGCACAGAUCGGUCGAUGCAUCAGAUUUCGCGAGGAGAAUAAGGAGCAAGGCUGGGAUAAAG